ACAAGGAGGAAGAAGAAGAAAAAGAGAGAAUAAUGGAGAAGAGUAGUGAAAAGGGUAAUGGUGUUGUUGCUACUGCUGCUACAACAAGGUCUCCAAUGGCUUUAAUGGGGCCGUCUUCAAGAAAUGGAAAUGAAGAAGAAGCGAACACUAGCAUGAGAACUGCCGAGACCAUGCUGCGGUUGGUGCCCAUGGCACUAGGGGUUGCUGCACUCGUUGUAAUGCUCAAGGACUCUCAGUCUAAUGAGUUUGGCUCGGUUUCCUACUCGGAUCUUGGAGCUUUCAGGUAUCUGGUGCAUGCAAAUGGAAUUUGUGCAGGCUAUUCCCUUCUUUCAGCUAUUAUAGCAGCCAUGCCUCGUCCCUCCACUAUGCCUAGAGCUUGGACUUUCUUCCUCCUCGAUCAGAUGCUAACGUACAUAAUCCUGGCUGCGGCUUCCGUUUCAACGGAGGUGCUGUACUUGGCAAACAAAGGGGAUUCGGCCAUCACAUGGAGUGCUGCUUGUGGAUCAUUUUCCGGUUUUUGUCACAAAGCCACAACAUCUGUGAUCAUCACAUUUGUCACGGUGCUUUGCUAUGCGGCGCUGUCACUGGUCUCUUCCUAUAGGCUUUUCACCAAGUUUGAUGCACCGGUGAACUACACCAGCAAGACAAUUGAAACUACCGUCUUCCAUGGUUGAUUUAUAAUGUUAUUAUUACUGAUGACUUAGUUUCACGUUCUGCUUGUAAUAAAAAAAAUAGUGUGUUUAUGCCA